AUGACGCCCACUAAUCCCUCCUCCAAGCCCGCUGGGAACAAGAUGGGUAUUGGAAAAGUGCUCAAGAAUGUUGGAAAAAUACCUAAAGGAAUCAAGAGUACUAGGUCAGGUCGUACCCGAGCCAAGGUCACUCAACUUGAGGGCGAGCUGCCUGCGGUCUUACUCAGGAUCCAGAUCGUAGGAUGCAAAGAUCUACGCGCGGCCGACUCCAACGGCAAGAGCGAUCCUUUCGUGGUCAUAUCUUUUGCUGGAAAGCGCCUGCAAACUCCCGUUGUCAACAAGACUCUGUAUCCCGAAUGGGCCCCCAAGGAUGCCACUUUUACUUUCCCACUAUACCUCUCGACUAUAGGUUCCCAGGGAUCCAUCGAACUCGUCAUCUGGGAUAAGGAUCGCUUUUCCAAGAAUGACUACCUGGGCGAAGUUUCGCUUCCCAUUGAUGAAUGGUUUAAAUGGAACGGAGGAAACGGCGCCGCUUUUGAAGAAGUCCAAUGGCCAUUUAACGAACGUGUCCUCUCAACUGACCCCAAGAAUCCUGCCACGGGUACUAUGCAACUGAAGAUCGGCUUUGUCACGCCGCCCGAGGUUAAUCACCCCAUUGACUUUCAGCAAGCCUACCAACAAUUACUCAGUCAUUCCAUCAUGGCCGGCCUGAGUCUUGACACUGCUCCCCCAACGCGUGGAAUCGGCACACUUGGGUCUGGUGACGAGGCUGAAGACUUUGAUGACGACGGGCUUAGUAGCGAUGACGAAGAAUCAGAUGAUGAACUCGGACCUCACUCUCCACCACGUACACCAGCCGACCUGCCUGCACAUGCACCUCUCAACAUUAGAAAGGACUCGGUUACCCAGCCUCAGGCCCAGCUUUCUCCUCCCCAGCCUAAACCCUUCAUCCCUAGAUUGUUCUCGGGUGUCAAGCGCCCAUCUAUCAGUAGACAAGAUUCGGCAGCUUCAACCGCAACAACCGGGAAAUCAGACACUAAUGGAGCUGCCGCACCCAAGCCCAAGCCUCCCUCGCUGGCCCAGCCAACUGAGAAAAGGAAAACUAGGAGAUACAAAAAACGUGGCAGUAAAGACAAGGACAUUGACUACCAGCUUGAUGCCGGUGCCGACAUCCAAGGUAUCGUCAUGAUUGAAGUAUCUGGCGCUACUGAUCUACCAAAGCUAAAAAACGUGACUCGUACUGGGUGGGACAUGGAUCCUUUUGUAGUCAUCGCUUUCAGCAAAAAAGUCUUUCGUACUCGCGUUAUUCGUCAUUCCCGCACUCCUGUUUGGGACGAGAAGCUCUUGUUCCACGUCCGCCGACAUGAAACUAAUUUCAAGAUCAACUUCUCAGUUUUGGAUUGGGAUAAGAUGUCGGGCAACGAUCAUAUCGGCGAUGUCUCAUUGGAUCUUCCAGAACUCAUGAAAGACCUCCCGGCCCGCGACCCAAAUACUGGACUUUAUCCACUGCUUGCAGAGCCUACCGAAUCAGAACUAAGGGCAUUUACUCUUGACUUGGUACCUACGAAGGAAGCGUCGUGGGAAGGCAAGCACAAGCCCACUCUGACGAUCAAGGCCAAAUAUCAGCCGUAUGAUGCGCUCCGACAACGUUUCUGGCGUCAGUACCUCGAGCAAUACGACGCCGAUAACACCGGUCUCAUAUCUCACAUCGAGCUUACAUCAAUGCUCGACUCGCUCGGCUCCACCCUUUCCGCUCAAACUCUCGACGGGUUCUUCGCUCGAUUCAACAGGAAUCCCGAGAGCGAAGAAUUAACUUUCAACGAGGCGGUUCAGUGCCUCGAAGAAGAACUCGCCAAGCCUACUGCGGACAGGCGCAAAGUUGUGGCCGAAGAGCCCAGCACAGGUACCGCCACACCGUUGGCGCUCGAUCCUUCCAUGGUAUCUCCCGGUAUUGGCACACUCAACUUUGUAGGACAGGAUGCACGCCCUCCACCUGGCCGGAGCAACUCUGAGAUCGAACAAGUUCCGCACGAGUCGAAUCAGAAUGUCAUUGAUCCUAACAAUCCUGGCCAAUACGCAAAUAUCAACGUCAGUUCCUCAGACGAGGAAGACUCGGGCUCGGCCAGCUCAUCGAGUGGGUUCGAACGUGUGGUUAAUAUCAAGACAUGCCCGCUAUGCCACCGGCCGCGCCUCAAGGGCAAGUCCGAGGCUGAUAUCGUCACGCACUUGGCUGUAUGCGCGAGUGGCGACUGGGCUCGGGUGGACCGCAUCGUCGUGGGCAACUUUGUGACUGCGAGCCAGGCCCAGAGGAAAUGGUAUACGAAGAUGUUGACCAAGAUUACGGCGGGCGAUUACCAGCUUGGUGCAAAUUCAGCAAACAUCAUUGUGCAGAACCGCAUUACUGGGCAACUUGAAGAAGAGAAAAUGCAGGGAUACGUCCGCAUUGGUAUUAGACUGCUCUACAAGGGAGCUAGCAGCCGUAUGGAGGGUGGCCGAGCUCGCAAGUUACUCAAAUCCAUGUCGAUUAAGCAGGGCCAAAAAUACGACUCUCCAGAAUCUGCGCGUGAAAUCCCAGCUUUCAUUGAAUUCCACAAUUUGAAUGUUGAAGAGAUCAAGGACCCGUUGGACUCGUUUAAAUCGUUCAAUGAAUUCUUCUACAGGAAGCUCAAAGAAACUGCUCGUCCAGUUGAUGAGCCAGGAAAUCCGUCGCGUGCGGUUUCUUGUGCUGACUGCCGUAUGAUGGCAUUUGAGACCGUCAGCGAGGCUACUCGAUUGUGGAUCAAGGGCCGCGAAUUCUCUGUGAAACGAUUGCUUGGGGAAACUUAUGCGCAUGAGGCCCCGAAGUAUGACGGUGGCGCACUUGGCAUCUUUAGGCUCGCUCCCCAGGAUUAUCACAGAUUCCACAGUCCGGUAGACGGUGUGGUAGGGCCAAUGACCUACAUCGCAGGCGAAUAUUACACCGUUAACCCCCAAGCCAUUCGUACUCAGCUUGAUGUCUACGGGGACAAUGCGCGUAAAAUCGUCCCAAUCGACUCACCGGUGUUUGGACGUGUAAUGUGUGUCUGUAUUGGUGCAAUGAUGGUAGGGUCGAUUGUCACCACUGUCAAGGAGGGAGAGUCAAUUGCACGCGGCCAAGAGUUUGGCUACUUCGCAUUCGGUGGAAGUACUAUUGUCAUACUCUUUGAAAAGGGUAAACUGAAGUGGGACGAUGAUUUACUUAGCAACAGUAGUUCGACUCUCGAAACUCUUGUACGCGUGGGAAUGGGUGUUGGUAUAAGACCUGCAUAG